AUGUCUGCUUCUACCGGAAAAACAAUUUCACCUCCUACAAUCAAUGAAGUUGAAGGAUAUAAGGCAACGGAGGAUCUGAUAAAUUUUUUACGCGAGCAAGAUAUAGGACUGGAGGAUAAGCAUUUCAAUAUUCUUCGUGAACAAGAAGUUGAUGGCGAAACUUUCCUCAGACUGAACGUGGAUAAACUAAUGCAAGUUGGUUUGAAACUUGGACCGGCUGAAAAAAUCUCGAAAUUGAUUGAAAAAAUUAAGGGCGAAGGACAGGAUUCUGCUUUCAUUCCGUACACAUACCAGAAAUUAAAAAUCUCAAAUGCUUUUCCAAAUGGCUUGCCAUAUAAAAAACCAACGCCCUUGCUUUACAGUAGUGGUUUGCGAUGGAAUUAUCAACUAGACCGGUCAUUGCGUGAAACAUUGCAAACCGAACUCCUAAGGCAUUACCAACAUCAUAAGAACGGGGAACGAGACAAAAACUAUAUUCCGAUUUACUUGUUCAUUUCUGGGCCUGGUAUUGGAAAGUCCCGAAAUGCUACUGAAUUCCAUCAUACGGCGGUUGAAUGUGCACCUAAAGACUCAGAACUAAGAAGUCGUCUUGAAAAUGCUUGGGUCUUCAAUAUUAGCUAUGAAAACGGUAAUAGUUUAAGAAUAUCCGAACAAGACGCAUAUCUGGCUGUUGGUACCAGAAUGCUUUUGCAACUUUUUUCCGGUGAAAGAACAUUGGACAAUAUCAUUGGGAAUUAUGAGCCACCAUCUCCAUGGGAUGUCUUAGCUUUAAUUGCCAAAUAUGAAGAUAAGAAAUUGGAGGAUGCUACAGUUAUCUUAGUCGUUGAUGGCCUGCAUAAUACUAUGAGCGAUAGAAACGAUGGACUCAAUAAAAACUCUUCGUUUUACAAAACAUUAACCAAUAUUGGAGAUCUUUCGUUAUGGAAAACUUUUGUGAUUUUCUGCUGUACAGCAACAACUGCUGAACCCAUCGAAAAUUUUAUUGCAGAAUCAUCAAGAAAACGUGUAUUUCUACCAGUACCUUCACUAAAACCUCCAACUGUUACUCAUGAUGGUAUUAUAAAAGAUGUUUUUGAUAUAAGUGACCCUAUCAUAAGGCUUCUUGUUAGCGACUGUGGUGGACAUGGACGGGCUCUUGAAGUUCUGCAAGAUUCUUUGUCACAGGAUAACAUUAAUAAUUUCAAUAUCAGCGAUCUUAUGGGAUCUCUUCGUAAUACUCUCGAAAAUCUAUAUAAAAAAGCUUUUUCAUAUACUUCUGAUGAAGCCAAGCAAAUAGUACGGGCAGUGUUAACUCACAAGCUCUUGGAUCUAUAUAAACCUAUAAUCAAAUCAACUCUGACGCCUGAUAAAGUCACUCGCAUUGGAAUGUUUCGUUUUGAAAAAGUUGGCAAUUCCAAUUAUGGAUUUCUCACCAUGCCAUACAUAUGGCUUUGGAUAAUGGUAGGGCAGUUUGCUGACAGAGAUGACCCUCAGCUUCAACACUGGCGGUUUGAUGACUAUGAAGAGCACUUAUCAAAGAAUGAUAAAUCUCUAGCAACAGAGUAUUGUUCUUGGCAAAACUUUGAAUAUUUCAAUGCUUCUUUCCGUUGCUUAAAGUCUAAGAUGUUGAACGAAGGGGAAAUAACAUCCAUCUUAGAAAUUUAUUAUGGAGCAAAAUUGAAUGGUGACAUCUGUUUCAAAAACCAUCAUCUACAAUUGGAUACUGCCAGCCAGCAGGUAGAUACACGUUCAACCAGAAGCAACUCUGAGCAUUGGUAUAUUAAGUGUGAACACGAUACAAUUGACGUCCGGAAAUGUACACAUUGCAUCAUCAAUGGAGUAUCUGCACCACAUGGCGAUGUCUUUCUUGGGUUGGAUACGCCUGGAGACGUAAAUGAAGUUCAUCAAUACAAAUUACUGAAUAUCAAUUCAACUUUCACCCAAAAGAACUAUAAUGAUGAACGAAAAAAAUCAGCAUCUGAAGAUGAUUAUUUUAUAUUUAUUACGACCAAAGACAAUCUCAACAUCGAGCUUCCACGAAACUCUGGAAUUGUAUAUAAACAGAACUGGGAUGCUUAUUUUGGUCCGUUUGCCGGUCGGGCUUUCAUAUUUGCAGCUGAAGGUCCUCCAAAUAUCAAUACAGCAGGUCGUGCACAACUAGAGUUAGUGAGCCAAGUUGGUAAGAUUCGAGCAGAACAAAUAAUUACAAAAAGACCAUUUCACGACAUUCAAGAUGCGGUGAAUAAAACGGGUAUACCAGAAAAGAUUUUAAAACGGUUCAAAUACGAGUAA